UUAGAUUGGGCCGAGUUCAAGUCGAGUUGGGUUUAUAACAGAACUAAACCGGUCAAUUAGCGGAUCAGACCGGAUUUAGUUUGUUUCUUGAGGCAAAGGAAACCCCGAAACUUUUUUUUAUUAGUGAGGUAAAAUAACAAAAUCAAAGCUUUCAGAUCUUGAACAAGAACCUAAUCUCUCUCUCUCUCGCGCUUGCUACGAAAAAAAUGACUUUUACUAUUCCGAUUGAUAACGGAGAUGCCUUGAAGAAUGCAGAAGCUGAUUCACAAAGAACUCUGUACCCGUAUGUGACUGGGACAUCGAUUGUCGCAAUCAAGUACAAAGAUGGGGUUCUAAUGGCUUCCGACAUGGGAGGUUCAUAUGGAUCCACGUUAAGAUACAAGAACAUUGAGAGAGUGAAGGCUAUUGGUAAGCAUUCUCUUCUCGGUGCCAGCGGAGAAAUCAGCGACUUUCAGGAGAUUCUUCGUUAUCUUGAUGAGCUCGUGUUGAACGAUAACAUGUGGGAUGAUGGUAACUCUUUGGGACCAAAAGAGGUUCACAACUAUCUGACUCGUGUCAUGUACAACCGCCGCAACAAGUUUAACCCUCUCUGGAACACCCUCGUCCUUGGCGGCGUCAAAAAUGGGGAAAGCUACCUCGGCAUGGUGUCAAUGAUUGGUGUUAGUUUCGAGGACAAUCAUGUUGCCACUGGAUUUGGGAACCACCUAGCUAGGCCAAUCCUUCGUGAUGAGUGGCGUGCGGACCUGAGCUUCGAAGAUGGUGUCAAGCUCCUUGAGAAAUGUAUGCGUGUGCUUCUUUACCGUGACAGAUCUGCUAUUAACAAGCUUCAGAUAGCGAAGAUCACGGAGGAAGGGGUGACUGUCUCUCAGCCCUACUCAUUGAAGACGUUUUGGGAGUUCCAGGCUUUCCACAACCCAACUGCUGGUGCUCAAGGCUCUUGGUAAGAAAGCCUUAUCAAUCUUGAGACCAAGCUCUGCCUAUUUAUUUUAUUUCAUGUGAUGUUGUUAAAAUACUCUCUACUGUAGUGGAUUUCCUGGUGGUUAUCUCAAUGAAAUUUUCUGAAGACAUUUGGACAGUUGCAUCUCUUAAAUACUACGUAUUCUAUAAGCUU